UGGUCUGUGGACAGUUGGUCUACUCCACGACGGGUCCAGCCAGCUUUCCAACACGCAGUGGCGUAACCAGCCCGAAUACUCUGUCCUUCUUGGCUUCGGUGUCUCGCCUGACGUGUGUUGCUCGAAACAGACCAUGCCUUCAUACAUUGUUGCAAGAGGGGCGAGCACAUGAUACAUCUCAGCCCAGGGGGCGGCUUUAAAAGUUACCUGCAGGAAACCGGACAUCCAUUCGGCCGCUUGGUGGGACUGGUGCAACUACAGAGAGACUUCGCCUUGGUGGGACUAGUACAAGUUGGGUCUGUUAGAACUACCGAGAGACCUCGCCUUGCUCGGGCUAGUGCAAGUUGGGUGUGUUAGAACCACCGGGAGACCUCGCCACCAUGUCCCAGUUCGGUUACAGGAAAGAGCUGGAGAAGUACGAGGACAUAGACGAGGAUGAAAUCCUUGCCUCCCUGACUUCAGACGAGUUGAAUGAGUUAGAGAGGGAGCUGGACAACAUCGACCCCAACCAGUAUGUUCCCAUUGGGCUGAGGCAGAAAGACCAAACGGACAAAACCCCACAAGGGACCUUCAGCAGAGAGGCACUGAUGGCAUACUGGGAACACGAGACUCAGAAACUACUGGAGAACGAGCGACUUUGUGCCGAGCCAGGCCAGGCAGAAACCAGUGAAGCCAGCAAAGGUGAUGAUGAAGAUGACACUGAAACUGAAAGUGACAAUGACGAGUUAGAGAAUGAUCUGGACACAGAAGAAGAUACAUCGGAAACAACGAGUGAUGAAGAUGAUAUUGUAACUGAGGAGGAGGAGGAGGAAGAGGAGGAGGGAGAGCAAGGGAAGCAGAACGUACAAGAAAUCGUUCCUACCAGAUCAACGAGCAGCAUUGGACAGGUUGGAUCACAAAGAUGCAACGGGCAUAUUGAUAACCAGCCAGUAAUGAAUGGCUUCAACAAAGAAAAAAUCACGGAUGAUGAUCCAAAUCACAAAGUGGUCUCAAGCCUAACAGAAGAUGAUCCCAGUCUCAAAGCUAACAGCCACCAAAAUGGAAACACAACUGUUGUUGAAGAUGCUCUCGAGAGUAUCCGAAAUAAUGACGCUGACAAAACAGACAUCAAUCUGAAUAACAUUGACAAUAUAAACUCCGAGACCUUCAAACAUAUUGCAGAAGCACUGAAGCACAAUACAGUCGUUAAAAACGUGAGCUUGGCCAACACCCAUGCAGAUGACCGCGUGGCUUGUGCAAUAGCGGAUAUGCUACAAGUUAAUAGGACAAUCACAAACCUAAAUAUGGAUUCCAACUAUAUCACGGGCAAGGGGAUUUUGGCCCUCAUAAAAGCCAUACAGCACAAUGGCAUAUUAGCAGAACUUCGAUUCCACAAUCAAAGACACAUUUGCGGAGGGCAGGUUGAAAUGCAAAUCGCCAACCUUUUGAAAGAGAACACAACUCUUGUGAAAUUGGGCUACCACUUUGACCUACCUGGUCCACGAAUGACAAUGACGAGUGUCCUAACCAGGAAUCUGGACAAACAAAGGCAAAAACGCCUCCAGGACCAAAAGCAGCAGCAGGAACUGGACAGACGCCUUGGUCUUGAGGGGCCAGCGAACCCAAGGACAAGUGCUCUGCAGAAGGACUCGCCCAGAUCCUCCCCCCGCCCGUCUCCCAAGAGCUCUCCUUGGUCAUCUCCCAAAGUGGCCAAGAAGGUCCUUUGCCUGAAGCCCGGCACUCCUCCUCCUCCUCCUCCUCCUCCACCACCACCCCCGCCACCUCUCCCGGAGAAGCUGGCUCUUCCCGCCCCGCCACCACCUCCUCCGCUCCCGGUGCAGCUCACCCCGAGCAGGAACAUUGCCGAAGCCAUCAAGCUGCAAGAGCUGAAGCUCAACAACGUCUAUCAAAACGGUAAAGUCAGGAAAAGCAAGAGCGCCAAGAAGAAGCAUCACAGAGAAAACAACCUGCUGAGACAGCUCAAAAACUCUCUCAAACCAAUUUCGGACCAAAGAUUGGAGAUCGGAUCAAGACCAGCGACCCCCCAGAGAACAUUACACGAUGAUCUAAUGUCAGCAAUCCAGUCAAGCAGCGUAAAACAGCUAAGAUCAGUUGAUAUUCCAGAAUAUCUUCGAUGAAUAAACAAGAUGUAUUUUCAGCAACAAGCAAUGAUGCUCUUCAAGAACAGCUCCUGAAAAUGUGAAAACAACUGCAAUGAUGGAACAAAAACCAGCACCAAUCUCCUCGGAAGUUCAGUAGAGCAUUGUGUACACUUGUCAAGCUCACAACUCCAUUAGAGCUGAGUAUUCUAACGUGUGAAGUGGCCCAUGACGUUUUUUGUUUUGUUUAGUUGUAGUCAAAGGACGCAAUGCGUCUUAACGAGAAAAUGAUUAUCGGAAAGUAAAUGUAUUUAUAUGUAAAUA